UGGGGGGGGGGGGGGCAGUGGUGCGUGUGUGUGUGAGCUGAGGAAGUAUAACAACGGUAAAUGGGAGGAUCGCACUCCCCAUCUCCAGGUUUGCCCACCCUGCACUCGCUCGCGGAGCUCAUUCCGACUCUUGCUCCGGCCACUCCUGCUCCCCUAGCGAGGACCAACCUGAGAUCGUUCGAUGCGCCCCUGAACGUGUGGUGGCCCUUUUGAAAAUGGGUGCGCGACAGGACGAAGGUUUUUAGGAGUGAAGAAGGAAGAAUCAUGAACGCCACGGGGCAGGAGGGACUGAUCCCGGGCGAGGGCAACCGGAGCCAAGCGUCACCCACCGGAGCAGACGAGCGGGAUUCCUCGGAGGGGUGCUACGAGCAGCUGCUGAUCUCCACCGAGGUCUUCUUGACCCUGGGCAUCAUCAGCCUGCUGGAGAACAUCCUGGUGGUGGUGGCCAUCGUCAAGAACAAGAACCUGCACUCGCCCAUGUACUUGUUCAUCUGCAGCCUGGCCGUGGCCGACAUGCUGGUGAGCGCCUCCAACGCGUCGGAGACCAUCGUCAUCGCGCUGAUCAACACCGGCAAGCUGAAGAUCCCGGCGCGGCUCGUCAAGACCAUGGACAACGUCUUUGACUCCAUGAUCUGCAGCUCGCUGCUGACGUCCAUCUGCAGCCUGCUGGCCAUCGCCAUCGACCGCUACGUCACCAUCUUCUACGCGCUGCGCUACCACAACAUCGUCACGCUGAGGAGGGCCGCGCUGGUCAUCGGCGGCAUCUGGGCCGGCUGCAUCGCGUCGGGCGUGCUCUUCAUCGUCUACUCGGAGAGCACCACCGUGCUCAUCUGCCUGAUCAGCAUGUUCUUCACCAUGCUGGUGCUGAUGGCCUCGCUGUACGUGCACAUGUUCCUGCUGGCGCGCCUGCACAUGAAGCGCAUCGCCGCGCUGCCGGGCCGCGCGCCGGUCCAGCAGCGCGCCAACAUGAAGGGCGCCAUCACGCUCACCAUCCUGCUGGGCGUCUUUGUGGUGUGCUGGGCGCCCUUCUUCCUACACCUCAUCCUCUUGAUCAGCUGCCCGCGCAACCCCUACUGCACCUGCUUCAUGUCGCACUUCGACAUGUACCUCAUCCUCAUCAUGUGCAAUUCCGUCAUCGACCCCAUCAUCUACGCCUUCAGGAGCCAGGAGAUGAGGAAAACCUUUAAGGAGAUCUUCUGCUGCGUGCACGCCACCGCGUGCGGGUCAACGAGCAAGUGGGGCUGACGGCCUUCACACCGCAAAGUCCAGGACGAAUGUUUACUGAGAAAGCUUUUAACACAUUCAGUACCAACCAAUUCUGGACCAAGUCUGAAAAGACGUUUAAAAACGUCUUUGGGAGUGAAUGAGUUUAAAAAAAAAACGAUGUCCAAAAUAGACAUUAAGUGCCCCAAUACUUUUACCCGGAGAGUUGAGUAAUUCAACAAUUGCAGCAUCUGAUUCCAGGAAGCAUGUGGGAAGACUUGAUGUGUCCUCUGCCGUUGUGGUAGCCCUCGUUAUGCGCCCUCGCCGCUGCUCCAAAAAAGAUGGGAACAUGCUCUCGGGGGUAGUCAUGAGGCGAGAGAGCACAACAAACGAGAGAUUGUUGCACUCAUACAAAGUUCUUGUGAAGUACAAUCACGACUUGAGCCAAACAGCUGAAUGAGCCGAACGAGUCAAAACUUUUUGACGUUUCACAAUCUUUUGUCCACUCGAAGCACCCGCUACAGCUUGGCGAAUUUUAUAGGUUCCGGGACCCCUGACAGGGAAGACGUUUUAUCAAGGUCCUCUCAUGAUUCAAAUGCCAACUGAACACAAACGAUGCGUCAACACUUAAAUGCUAUAGGACUUAAAAAUAAAAUUUAAAAAAUAUAUAUAUGUAUUAUAUAUAUAUAUUUUUUAUUAUUUAAAAAUAAAUUCCAAGUAAAAAACUCCUAAUGUCAUCCUUCAAAAAAAGUGUGAAUAUAUUUCUAUUUUUUUUCUUUCAAGUAAAAAAAAAAAAAUCUCCUGUCACCAUAAUGAAUUCAUUUUUCCGAGAAAAAAAACACACCUAUAUUUAUGUAUUUUUUUAAUUUAUCAAACAAAACAACUAAUGUCAUCCUUCACAAAUUCUUUUUUUAGGAAAAAAAGUGUGAAUAUAUUUCUUUUUUUUUUUCUUUCAAGUAAAAUAAAACUCCUGUCACCAUAAUGAAUUCAUUUUUUAGAACAAAAACAUCUAUAUUUAUUUAAUUUAUCAAACAAAAAAAACUCCUAAUGUAAAAAUAAAACCAUAAUGUUUAAAAAAAAAAAAAAAAAGACAAGUUCCCGACAUCGUGAGAAUCGAGUUGUAUUUUCCCAAGACAAAGUCACGAGUUGUUUCGCAAGGGCAAGUCACGUGUUAACGAGUGAAUUUCAAAAGGUCAACUUUGGUUCUGUUCCACAUACCUCUGCUCUGGAGGAAAAGUAGGACUUGUCUCGGAAGAAUAUGCCUUUUUGAUCUGAAAAAUGAAAAAACAAAGAGGACAAUGUUGAACAAAAACAGGGGAAAAAAACUCCUUGGCUACUAAAAAAAAAAAAUACACUGAGACUUCAUUCGUGUAAUAAUGCACCUUUUGCUCUUUCAACAAAAAUAAAAUAAAAUAAAAAGGCUUUAAAAUGACAUCAUCGUGCUGACUUUUAAGAGUAACUGUGAAAAACUCAUAAUUGUGUCGAUCACGUGACGUGUCAUGCCCCGCGUGGCGCUAACCUAGCAUUAGCUAUGUGUCCAUCUGAACGGUCGUUACGUUUCCAAUCCGCCGCGCUUCGCCGUGCAAGUGUCGAUAACAAAUCAACCGUCCUGUCGGAACGCAUCUGUUGAUCAUCAUGUGAGACUUGAGAUCCUCUGACAUAACCCAGCCGGACAAAUCAUUUGACGCCUGUUGGGAGUCGAGCGUGUCACAAGUUGCUUCUUGUAUCUUGGCCUCAACGGAGUGUAAGCAUGUCGUAAAAAAACGGAUUCUUAUUUGGUGUUCUGUUACUAAAUGUGAAGUCAAGCUGCUCUGCGUCAUUUGAGCCACCGCUGGAAAGAUGAAUAAAACAUCACCGGGGUAUUGAAUUGU